UCGCCGGGCAGGAAGCGCUGGCCGGCCGCGCGCCCCCGGCCCUCGGCUCCGUCCUGGGCGGACAGCGGGUGUGAGGGCUGGCACCACGAGGUUGCAGAAGCAAAACACAUGACACGAAGUGGCCUCGGGCGUGGCACCUGACCCGUGAGCCUCGGUUCCACGUAACACGCGAUGCGGCCACUCUGGCCUCCCUGCUAGCGAGCCCCGGAGUCGGGUUAUCUCACGGGGAGAGGAGUGGGGCUAGCUGCUCUGCGAGUGUCCCGCCAGGAGAGGGACGUGGCCGAGGGCUGCGGGGUGGCGCUGGCGGCCAGCUGGGCGCGGGGGCUGUUAGGUGACCCGUAAGCUGAGAGCUACAAACGUGGCUGCCGGGCCGGAGCCCGACCAGAGGCGAGGAGGCGCGCCGCCGGGGCAGGAGGCAGAGGAGCUGUGGUGGAAGUAGUAGUAAGGCCCAGUUCUUCACUCCAAAUCAAUGUGCUCCCUCCUUUCCAGCUUCCCAGGCCAGGUUUAGAAGCCUGAGGGAGCUCAGUCGUGGUAGAAACGCCCCUGCAUUGCCAGCGUGAGAGGAUGUGGCCACACCACCCCUCCAGGAAAGAGGUGCUGAGGUUUGCAGUCAGCUGCCGGGUCCUGACUCUGAUACUGCAGGCCCUCUUCAAUGCUGCCAUCCCAGAUCACCAUGCAGAAGCCUUUAGGCCUCCUCGCCUGGGCCCCUCGGGCUCUAUGGACCAGCUCGUGGAAGGACUUCUGGGUGGCCUGUCUCACUGGGAUGCUGAGCACUUUCUGUUCAUUGCUGAGCAUGGCUACCUAUAUGAGCACAACUUUGCCUUCUUCCCCGGCUUCCCCCUGGCCCUGCUGGCUGGGACAGAACUGCUGAGACCCCUGCAGGGGUUCCUGAGCCGUCGGAGCUGCCUGCUGAUUUCAGCGGUAUGGCUCAACUCCUUAUUCUCCGUGCUGGCCGCAGUUGCACUUCAUGACCUGGGCUGCCUGGUUCUGCACUGUCCCCGCCAGGCCUUUUACUCAGCGCUGCUCUUUUGCCUCAGCCCUGCCAAUGUCUUCCUGGCAGCUGGUUACUCAGAAGCUUUGUUUGCACUCCUGACAUUCAGUGCCAUGGGGCAGCUGGAGAGGGGCCGAGGCUGGACUAGUGGACUGCUCUUUACCCUCGCCAGUGGCGUACGCUCCAAUGGGCUGGUCAGCGUUGGCUUCCUCAUGCAUUCUCAGUGCCGAGGCUUUCUCUCUUCUGUUACGGCACUGAACCCCCUGAGACAGCUCUGUAAGCUGAUGGCCUCUCUGUUCCUGUCGGUGCUCACACUUGGCCUUCCCUUUGCCCUCUUUCAGUAUUAUGCCUACAGCAGAUUCUGUGUGCCAGGCUCAGCUCACUCCAUCCCCGAGCCAUUGGUGCAGUUAGCUGCGGACAAGGGCUACCGGACCGUGGAGGGAAGUGAGCCGCCAUGGUGCUCCUGGGGCCUUCCUCUGAUAUAUAGCUACAUCCAGGAUGUCUACUGGAAUGUGGGCUUUCUGAGAUACUAUGAACUCAGGCAGGUACCUAAUUUUCUACUGGCUGCACCAAUGGCAGUACUAGUUGUCUGGGCAACUUGGACGUAUGUGACAACCCACCCUUGGCUCUGCCUUACACUUGGGUUGCGAAGAAGCCAGAGCAGGAAGAGCCUCAAGAAGCCCGCUCCUGGAUUCUUUAGUCUACAGGUGUUUGUAUACCUGGUCCACGCUGCCGUGUUACUGCUGUUCGGAGGCCUGUGUAUGCAUGUUCAGGUUCUCACCAGGUUUUUGGGCUCCUCUACGCCUAUCGUAUACUGGUUUCCAGCUCACUUACUUCAGGAUCAAGAGCCACUGUUGAAAUCCCUCGAGUUGGUGCAUCAGAAGCCUCCUGUAGGGGACUCCCCACCAGGACACAAGGUCCCCAGAAAUCCUAUCAUGGAACUUUUGUACAACUGGAAAGCCUGUUCUUUGGUCACACGAUACAUUCUAGGCUACUUCCUGACUUAUUGGCUGCUGGGACUACUCCUGCAUUGCAAUUUCCUGCCUUGGACAUGACAUGGCAUCUCAAGGGACAGGUUAGAAGCCAGGUUUCUGAGAUGAAAAUACGCACUGGGCUGUCCGCACUGCCCUGGGACCGCCACUCUGCCCAUUGGAACCCUUCUCCCUGAAGACUGGCUAGGGGUAGAACAAGUGUGAGCCCUAGAGAGCCACUUCUGGUGCUGGCUGGGGCAAAGUUGUAGAGUAACUUUUUACUGUAAGUGAAGAGUCUUCAAGUCCACAUGUACCUGAUUUCCGUCAUCAGCCACAGACCAGAAACAAGCCUUAAACCUGCUACCAACACAGGAUGAAUCCAAAUGUAACUAUUUAAAUGUAACUCUCACCUCACCCCUAGCUGACAGGCUGACUGUGGUGCAGGACUGAACAGUGAGGGCAUGAGAAAUGGGACCAACAUUCUGUAAGUGGGACAUUGAUGAUUUUUGCAUUUAUUUAUAAGAAAAACCC